CGGAGCCCCCCGGGCUCGGGCCGCACCCCGCUUUCUUGCAGUCGCUGGGCCGGGCCCCGGUCUGCUGACGCAGUGUCUGAGCCCGGCGCACACGCUUCGGGUUUUUUUCUUAUUUUAUUUUGUAACUUUUCCCCCUCCGCCCUCCCUCCCCCUUUCUUGCCCUCCCUCUCCCGCUCGCGUCCCUCCUUCUCCUCCUCUUCCCCCCAUCCCCCACCCCGUCCGCGGCCCUGGCCCAGCAGGAGGGGCCCGAACGGAGCGGAGCGGAACGGAGCGGGCAGCGCCGGGGAUGGGGCGCGGCUCAGCGGGACCGUGGCCCGUCUGCUCCCCCCUGUGCCCCCCUCUCCGCGGCCCCCUCUGCUGCCUCCUCGGGCUCCAGCUGGUGCUCGGCGCUGCGCACCCAGACUCCAAAGUCUUUCUCAUCUACAACACGGGUGUGCAGGGCUGCCUGGAGACCAAGGACUCGCUGGUGCGCCUGGCCAAGGGCUGCAACUCCAGUGCUCCAACCCAGCAGUGGAAAUGGGUGUCCCGAAAUCGCCUCUUCAAUGUGGGGGCCAUGCAGUGCCUGGGGGUGUCAUGGCAUGGGGCCAACGCCACAGCAGGGCUGCACCUCUUGGCCACCUAUGAGUGUGACCGUGAGUCAGUCAACAUGCGCUGGAGCUGCCGUGGGCUCGGAGAGCAGCUCUCACAGCAUCUAGGUGCCCGCCUGGGCAAUUCCUCUCUGGACAGGGGGGACCAGGCACAUGGCUCACAGUGGAGGAUGUAUGGCACCGAGGAGGAUCUGUGCUCCAUACCCUACUCUGAGAUUUACACCAUCCAGGGCAACUCCCAUGGAAAGCCCUGCACCAUCCCCUUCAAGUACGACAACCAGUGGUUCCACGAGUGCACCAGCACGGGGCGGGAGGAUGGGCACCUCUGGUGUGCCACCACCCAGGACUAUGGCAAGGAUGAGCGGUGGGGCUUCUGCCCCAUAAAGAGCAAUGACUGUGAGACGUUUUGGGACAAGGACCACCUCACGAACAGCUGCUACCAGUUCAACUUCCAAUCAACACUGUCAUGGCGGGAAGCCUGGAAUAGCUGUGAGCAGCAAGGGGCCAACCUGCUGAGCAUCACAGAGAUCCAUGAGCAGACCUACAUCAAUGGUCUGUUGACUGGGUACAGCUCCACACUCUGGAUUGGGCUGAAUGACCUGGACAUCAAUGGAGGCUGGCAGUGGUCAGACAACUCACCCCUCAAGUACCUCAACUGGGAGAGUGACCAGCCCGACAACCCCAGUGAGGAGAACUGUGGGGUGAUUCGCACCGAGUCAUCUGGGGGAUGGCAGAACCGUGACUGUGGCAUUGCUCUCCCCUAUGUCUGCAAGAAGAAGCCCAAUGCCACGGCUGACCCCUUCCUGACGGACUUGUGGUCGGAGGUGAAGGUGGACUGCGAGCCCAGCUGGCAGCCCUUCCAGUCCAGCUGCUACCGGCUGGUAGGAGAGAAGAAGAGCUGGCAGGAGGCGAAGAAGACCUGCCUGCGGAGUGGGGGUGAUCUGGUCAGCAUCCACACCCUCUCUGAGCUGGAAUUUGUUACCAAGGAGAUCAAGCAAGAUGUGGAGGAGCUCUGGAUUGGCCUAAAUGACCUCAAGCUGCAGAUGAACUUCGAGUGGUCAGACGGGACGCCCGUGAGGUUCACAUACUGGCACCCCUUUGAGCCCAACAACUUCCGUGACAGCCUGGAGGACUGUGUGACCAUCUGGGGACCGGAAGGCAGGUGGAACGACAGCCCCUGCAACCAGACCCUGCCAUCCAUCUGCAAAAAGCCUGGUCGGGUGAGCCAGGAGAAGGAGGAGGAUGACCAUGGGUGCCGAAAGGGCUGGAAGUGGCACAGCCCGUCCUGCUUCUGGCUGGGUGAGGACCGUGUCCCCUACAGCGACGCCCGCAAGAUGUGCUCCGACUACAGCUCCACGCUGGUUACCAUCACCAACAGGUUUGAGCAGGCAUAUGUGAGCAGCCUCAUCUACAGCUGGGAUGGGGAGUAUUUUUGGACAGCUCUGCAGGACAUCAAUGAGACAGGCACGUUCCACUGGCUGAGCGGUGAUGAAGUGAUGUACACUCACUGGAACCGCAACCAGCCCGGUUACAACAAGGGUGGCUGUGUAGCCCUGGCCACUGGCAGCUCCAUGGGGCUAUGGGAGGUGAAGAACUGCAGCACCUUCAGGGCCAAGUACAUCUGUCGACAGAACCUGGGCACCCCAGUCAAUCCUGAACUGCCUGGUCCUUUCCCCACACCCAGCCUCACUGCCACCUGCCCCCCAGGAUGGAGCUCCGACCCCAAGCUCCGUCACUGCUACAAGGUGAAGGGGGGUUGGACAAGUCGGUGUGGGGAUGCACGUGCCUCCCCAGUGCAGGGGAGUGAAGGGGCACGUUUUGGUAAUUGGAAGGACCACCCCUCAACUCUGGCUGGGACUGGAUGGCAGCACUAUGCCCUGGGACAUGGCUGCCUGCAGGUGGGAACAGUGCUCUGCUUCUGUUCUGUGCUGCUGAAGAGCCUCCCAUGCUGUGGGUUUCUUCUUUCCCAGGUAUUCAACUUUGAAAAGCUGCAAGAGAAGAAGACGUGGAUUGCUGCACAGGAAUUCUGCCGGGAACUGGGGGCCCAGCUUCUCAGCCUAGGCAGCUACGAGGAGGAGCAUUUUGUUGCCAACACCCUCAACAAGAUUUUUGGGGAGUCAGAACCAGAGCUCCACGAGCAGCACUGGUUCUGGAUCGGCCUGAACCGGCGGGACCCUGCUGGGGACCAGAGCUGGAGGUGGAGUGACGGGCUGGGGUUUUUCUACCACAACUUUGACCGCAGCAGCUAUGAUGACGAUGACAUCCGGAGCUGUGCAGUGCUUGAUCUGGCCUCCCUGCAGUGGAUGCCGAUGCAGUGUGAAGCCCAGCUGGACUGGAUCUGCAAACUGCCCAAAGGUGCCGAUGUGAAGGAGCCGGAGAUCACGACGACCCAAGGCAGCAAAGAGUGGGUGAAAUACCAAGAGGCCGAGUACAAGUUCUUUGAACACCACUCAACAUGGCUGCAGGCACAACGCAUCUGCAGCUGGUUCCAGGCAGAGCUGACAUCAGUGCACAGCAAGGCUGAGCUGCACUUCCUGGGCCAGAACCUGAAGAAGUUCUCUAGGGGCCAGGAGCAGCACUGGUGGAUUGGGCUGCACACCUACGAGAAUGACGGGAGGUUCAAGUGGUCUGAUGGAUCCCUCCUCAACUUUGUCUCUUGGGCACCAGGCAAGCCUCGGCCCAUCAGCAAGGACAGGAAGUGUGUGUACAUGACAGCCAGCCGAGAGGACUGGGGGGACCAGAAGUGCAUGACGGCACUGCCUUACAUCUGCAAGCGGAGCAAUGGGACAGCUGUGAAGCCUUCCCUCCCUCCGGUACCUGCUGCCACGAGUGGGGGUUGUCCCCAAGGCUGGCUGCCCUUCCUCAGUAAGUGUUUCAGCUUCAAUGGCCACAACAAAGGCGAGAUAGUGAAGUGGCCAGAGGCGAAGAAGGUUUGCGAGAGCCAAGGUGCCAUCCUGGCUACCAUUGCCAGCCCCCUGGAGCAGGCCUUCAUCACAUCCAUGCUGCCCAACAUCUCUUUUGACCUCUGGAUUGGCCUGCACGAUGUCCAGGGGGAGUUCCAGUGGGCAGAGGGGGAGCCGCUGAGGCACGUGAGCUGGGCACCUGGAGAGCCCUCAGGCUGCAGCUCCUCCAGCCCCCAUGAGGAGCCGACCAACUGUGUUGUGGUGUGGCAUGGCUCACCCCCCCUCUUCACGGGACGCUGGGAUGACCGGAGCUGCCUGGAGGAGAAACAUGGCUAUGUCUGCCAGCGGAGCAUAGACCCGUCCCUGAGCCCUGCGCAGGCACCAUUCCCCCCUUCUCCUACUGGCACCCUCUUUUACCACAACAGCACUUACCGCAUCCUGCAGAAACCCCUCAGAUGGCAUGAGGCACUGCUGCUCUGUGAAACCCUCAAUGCCACCCUGGCCACCAUCCCCAACCCCUACAGCCAGGCCUUCCUCACACAGGCUGUCAGCAGUCUGCAGGCUCCCUUCUGGAUUGGGUUGGCCAAUGAUGAGGGAGGCAGGAGCUACUCGUGGCUGACCGGGGAGAACCUCAUCUACACCAACUGGCAGGAUGGGGAGCCCCAGCAGAUCACCGGCUGCUCCUACAUGGACACAGAUGGGAGCUGGCGCACAGCUGGCUGCGACACCAAGCUGCAGGGGGGCAUCUGCCAGCUCCAAACAGGUCACUCCCGCACAUACAAGUGGAGCUACAGUGGCAGCUGUCCCAAAUCACUGGAGGAUUCGUCCUGGAUCCCCUUCCGGGACCACUGCUACACCUUCCACAUGGAGAUUACCCUUGGGCAGAAGGACGCCACAAGGAGGUGCCAGAAAGUUGGCGGCACAGUGUUGUCCAUCCAGGAUGAGAUGGAGAACAUCUUUGUGUGGGAGCAUCUCCAGGCGUACGAGGGCCUUUCCAAGGGGGCCUGGCUGGGCAUGACCUUCAACCCCAAAGGUGGCACCUUGGUUUGGCAUGACAACACUGCCGUGAACUACUCCAACUGGGGCCAGCACGACACAGGGCCCAGCAUGCUUAGCCAGAACAGCUGCUACUGGAUCCAGAGCAGCAACGGCAUGUGGCAUCUAGGCUCCUGCACAAACGUAACCAUGGGGGUCAUUUGCAAGAUCCCCCGAGUGGAGGAGAGCAGCUUUUCCAGGGCAGCUCUGCCGGAGAACACAACAACCAUCACAGUGGUCGUGCUGUCGAUGCUGGCGCUGUGCACUGUGGUGGGCAUCGUUGUCUUCCUGUACAAACGCCGACAGAGUGCAGAGCGUGGCGCCUUUGAGAGCGCUCGCUACAGUCGCACCACCUCCAGCCCUAGUGAAUCUGCUGAGAAGAACAUCCUGGUAUCGGACAUGGAGAUGAAUGAGCAACAAGACUAAUAGCAGAGGGGACGCUGGGGAUGGGGACUUGGGGAGGAGGGAGGUCAGAGAGCAUCACACACUAUCCCCACGGUGCAUGGGGUAGGGGUGGCAGCCGGACUGGUGUGGCAGGGCAGGAAAAGGGGCUGGGGUCCAACCAGGUGGGCAAGAAGAGGGAGCCAGGGUCCCUCCUGUCCUGCAUUUCACUGCUGUUGCCUCUGGGCUUGUCCCCAGCUGCCGGGUUUUUUUCCUGCAGCAGCUGUGGAGGCAGUUUCAGGGCUAAAAGCUUUUGAGGAAAACUGCUGCACAAGUUUGAGAGCUUUCCAGCGACAUGAACUGGCUCCAAGACACCUUUUCCUUGGGAGAAGGCAAGCACAGGCAUUCCGGGCCCUGCAGCAGGCUCUUCCCCCCAGGAACUGAGCUGGUGUCUGUGAAGGCAUCCUCCCAGGCAAGAGGUCUCCAAAGCUGAUCUACCUCUGCUCUGUGUGCAGCAGCAAGGGCCCUGCCAACUCUCAGCCCCACCACUGUGCUGCUCCUUUCCUCUCUUCAGCCUCUUCCCCCACCUCCAGCAGGCACACUGUUGUAUCGAUCCAAGUGUGCACCCCCCCCCGAUCAGAGAUGGAAUCCCCCUCUCCUACCUGGCACAUUUUUUGAGCUGUGUCCAGCCCCACUGAGGCUGUGGCAGCUUCCCUGUUCUGCAAGCCAGAGCUUGUCCCAUUUUCUUUGGUGUCUGUGUUCCCACAAAUAACUGCCUGAGAGAGCACCAUGGCAAACUGCUGGCUCAGCCCCUCUGGUGGGAGCACCCUCAGCACCCCAGAUCCCACAGGAGGAGUUGGGGGCAAAGGCAGGAGAUGCUGCCAGAGAUUUGGGGCCACCCUCUGUGCCUUGUCAGGCAGGGAUGGCAUGGGGCUGGGCUCACUUGCCACUGGUGCCUUGUUGGGCACAGAGGGCCAAGGAUCAGUGCUGUAGGGUGGGGAGGAUUUGGAAGUUUUGGUGGUUCUGAAGUUGGUGAUUUGUUCUUUUAAGGAAAUGAUGAUAGCUUUUGUUGCUAUACUGUACUGAGUGCGUACUGAAUAUAUAUGCUUUUUCACACA